AUGGGAACACAAUUUCACAACAGGAUAAUUAGUAGAUCAUCGACGGACACAAAAGACAUUGUGAGAAAUUUCAGUGUGCCCAUUGAAAAUGAUAAUCUUAAUAGUGUGUCCAUUGAAAAUGGUAAUCUUGCUAGUGUGCCAAUUGUUGAUGAAGUUAAUAAUGAUGAUGAUGCCGAUGAUGGUGAUGAUGAUAAUGUUGAUUAUGAUAUAUUUGAUCCAAGAAAUUGGGAUCGUCUUCAACCUAAACUGAUUAAUUUAUUAGUUGUGAAAGGUCCUAAAAGAGAUAAUUCUAUUGUGAAGGGUCCUAGAGAUAGUUUGAAUAGACGUUUUACGGCUAAUUUGUAUACUAGAGCUUUAGCAAAUGGAGAGGUGUGUGAUAGAGAUUGGCUUGUUUAUUCGAAAGAGCUUGAUAGAGUAUUUUGUUUUUAUUGUAAAGUUUUUAAAAAUGGGAUUGUUAGGGGACAAUUAGCAAAUGAGGGUUAUAGUGAUUGGGUACAUGUUGGUGAAAGAAUUAAAGAGCACGAGUUAGGCAUGAAACAUGUUUAA